UCCGCGCCGCCAGUGGAACGCAGUCGUGGGAUCAACUCGAGCGUCCGUUCUUCAACAUUGCCCACAUGGUGAACUCCAUCAAGGAGGUGGACCAGUACCUCAGGCUCGGUGCCAACGCCAUCGAGGCCGACGUGACGUUCAGCAGCGACGGAACGGCGAAGCAGACGUUCCAUGGCAGUCCCUGCGAUUGCUUCAGAAACUGCUUCCAGCGCGAGAACAUUGUGGACUACUUGGAGUACAUCCGCAAGGUCACCAGUACCAGCGAUGCAAAGUACAAGGACCACGUGGCUUUGUUAUUCCUGGACUUGAAAGUUACCGACCUACCUCCUGACAGCAAAGUGAAAGCGGGAAAAGACAUCGCUAAAAAGCUCCUGGACCACCUGUGGUACAAUGUCGAUAUCAACAAAACCGUCAACGUGCUCUUGUCGAUUGGACACGUUUCCGACAAGGAAGUAUUCAAAGGUGCCGUGGAAACAAUUAUGAAGCACGGCGACCCGGAACUCGCCGAAAAAAUAGGUUUUGAUGUGGGCCUGAACGACCCAUUGGACGAGAUCUCCAAGAUGUAUGGGGAUUUGGGCAUCGACCACAACCGCUGGCAGGGGGACGGUGUGUCCAACUGCCUGAGCCUGUUCCGUCCUGCCAACCGACUCAAGGAGGCCCUCCGCUACAGAGACUCGAGGACUGACAGGAGUUACGCUGACAAGGUGUAUCACUGGACCAUCGACUUGAGUUCGGCCAUCCGCAGCUCGAUUCGAAUGGGUGUGGAUGGCAUAAUCACAAACUAUCCGGAGCGAGUGUCGACGAUCAUCAUGGAAGGACCAUUUCGCAGAGCGGUGAAGCUGGCCAAUCCUCAAGACACGCCGUGGAAGAAGGUCAAGGUCGAAGUCCAGGUUCCUGGAACCCCAGGAAGCCCCGUCAUGAACGCCUUAGGCGACUUCUCCGAGGUCAUUCAGCAAUUCUGGGCUUACCUUGUCUCUAGGUUUUCUGGAAAGCUUUUCAGAAGUCGCAGCUCUAGAGAUUACGACGAGCCCCCCAUGAGCCCUCGAGAAGUGGCCGAAGAGACUUACUACCAUUGGCUUAACAACAAGAUUCGCUGA